AUGAGUCAAUUCGCCAAAAGUGUGACUUGGUUUAAUCACAUUUCAGGAUUUCUUGAUAAUGGCCAAUAUAUUGUUGUAUGUGCUACAAAACAACAACUUAAAGCAAUUCCUGAAUUGACAUAUUUUGAAAUUGAUAUGGCAUUCAAAAGAAUUCAUACUUUAACUUUUGCACGAAUAUUUACAAAUAUUGAGAUGGCUGAUGCAUAUCAAAACCUAUUUGAAGACUUGUUUAAUUGCAUAGAAAAAGAUAUAGGUGAAAUAUUUAAUUUUUAUUAUAUUCAUAGAAGGGGUUUGGGAUGUAUUAUCGCAGAUCAACACAAAGGGCAAGCUUUAGGUUUAGAUCAAUAUUUAAAUUCAAAGUAUCCAAAUUUAACGCCAGUUGAACAUUUACAAUAUAUAUAUAAACUUUGUCAAAUUCAUUAUAAGCGUGCCAAAAUAAUUUGGGAUGCCAUAAUUGAAUUUGGGAUUUUACUUAUAAUUACGGCAGCUCAAAAUAAUUUGGUACCAACUUUAGAUACACAAGAAGAAGUGUUAAUAGUAUUAGAUAUAAUACAAUCUAGUGGCGAAUUAGGAGCAGAAGAUAAACGUGUUUCAUGGGUACUAUCGGGCAUAUCAAUUGUAUUUACCAAAAUGGAUUAUAUUAUUUGGAAUCAAAUACCAAAUAAUACUAAUGUGAAAGAAAGUGCACAUGCAAAUGUAAAUCAUGAUGAACGUAAUUUAUCACUUCUUGCCGGAAUUUGGGAAAGUAAAAAUGUCUAUGAAAAAUAUAAUAUUCCUGAUUCUUAUAGAGAUAAAUCUGAAUUGGCACAAUCAAUUCAAGCUGAAAAAAGAGCGGCAAAAAAGCAUAAAUGUAAACAAACUUCAUCCUUGAGUACAGUAAAAAAACAAAAAAGUAAUUCUCAUAAUAAGGAAAAUGAUACUAUUGAAAUUAUUGAAUUAAACGGAGAUCCAUGUUUUGAUCAAUAGAGAAAAGUUAAUACUUUGGCGUAAGAAACACUAGCUAUUUGAAAGCAGGCAAAUGAUGAGCUUGAAAGGAAAAUUGCACUGCUUGAGAAAAGAAACAGACUCUUAGGUUUAUAAUUUUUUUAACAUGAUUUUCAAUUACUUUUAUAAAGAAUGCAGCAUAUUCGAAGUAAAAUAAAGUAAUUUUCCAAUGACAAUAAUAAAAAUAU